AAGAAUUGUUCCGUUUUGUACGCAAGACUAGUGACCCGUCUGCUUCGGUGAAAUGCUGCAUCACUAUUGAAACGCCAGUGUUUAGUUCUCUUAUUUUGAAUGAAAUGGUCGGAAGCUGUAAACUCACUCCCGGAAGUUUUUCUCUUUUUUUUAUUUUUCCUGUUUUCUGGCUGCAGAAAGAGAAAAAGUCGUGCUUAGCUUAGGUUGAUCGUAUGUUCGAAUAAAAUCUGUAGGGCGGCCGAACUGACCUCAUGGACCCGAACCGAAUUAUCCAGGCUCUGAAGGGCACAAUCGACCCGAAUCUGAGGUUAGCGGCGGAGAAUGAGCUUAAUCAGUCCUAUAAGAUCAUCAACUUUGCUCCCACCCUGCUUCAGAUCAUUGUGUCAGAGCAGGUGGAGUUUCCUGUCCGCCAAGCAGCUGCCAUCUACUUGAAGAAUAUGGUGAGUCAGUACUGGCAGGACAGGGAGCCAUCUGUGGGAGAGGUGGUUUUUCCUUUCAACAUUCAUGAGAAUGAUCGACAGCAGAUCCGAGACCACAUAGUGGAGGGUAUCAUCCGUUGUCCAGAGUCUAUACGAGCCCAGCUGACCAUGUGUCUGAGAGCCAUCAUUAAGCACGACUUCCCAGGACGCUGGACCGCCAUCGUAGACAAGCUCAGCAUGUACCUGCAGUCUCAGAACAGCGGCACCUGGUACGGGAGUCUGCUGGCUCUUUACCAGCUUGUCAAAACAUACGAGUACAGGAAGGCAGAUGAGAGGGAGCCGCUACUGGCAGCCAUGCAGAUUUUUCUGCCUAGGAUUCAACAGCUCAUCAGCCAGCUGCUUUCUGAUGCGACCAUUUUUUCUGUCCUCAUCCAGAAGCAGGUCCUCAAGAUCUUCCAUGCUCUUGUCCAGUACUCGCUGCCCCUUCAGCUGAUCAACCACACUGUGAUGACGCAGUGGAUGGAAAUUCUGCGAUCCAUUGUGGACAGAGACGUACCUGCAGAGACUUUGGAAGUUGAUGAGGAUGAUCGUCCAGAGCUGGCUUGGUGGAAGUGCAAGAAGUGGACGUUGCGCAUCAUCACUAGACUGUUUGAGCGGUAUGGAAGCCCCGGCAAUGUGACCAAGGAGUACCAGGAGUUUGCAGACUUUUUUCUGAAGACCUAUGCAGUAGGCAUACAACAGGUCCUGCUGAAAGUGGUCGACCAGCACCGACGGGGUCAGUAUGUUACUGCUCGGGUUUUGCAACAGUGCUUCACCUACCUCAACCAGGGCCUUUCACAUUCACUGACAUGGAAACAGAUGAAACCACAUAUGCAGGUACAUGUACCUUACUCAUAGGAUGUUUCUUUAGUUACAUAGUAGAAUAUACUUUAUUGAUG